GAUAUAAUCUAGUGUAGUAAAAGUUUACAGUUAACUUGAUUUCACAAUCUGUCCACAUCAGCGUGAAAAUAUUGCAGGCUUACGGCAUCUGUGAAUUUUCAGAAUGGCACCCAGACGGUCAAAAAGCUCAAAGAAUCCUCCUAUCUUCAGUCAUGAAUUUUUCAUACAAAAUCAUGCAGACAUUGUGUCAUGUAUUGCUAUGGUUUUUAUUAUUGGCCUUAUGUUUCAGGCCACAUCACCAGUUGCGAGUUUGUUCAUCACAUUGCAGCAUAAUCUGACUUUAAAUGAUUCUGCAAAUGUAGAACAUACUGUAUACACAACUGGCAGCAGGGACUUGUUUACAGUGUUUUUCUAUUUCCUCAUCUGCGUUGUGGUCCAUGCUGUUCUUCAGGAGUAUGUUCUUGAUAAACUGAACCGCAAGAUGCACUUGUCUAAGAUCAAGCACAGCAAGUUCAAUGAAUCUGGUCAGCUGCUAAUAUUUUUUCUUGUAUCUGCUGCCUGGGGUGCUGAUAUCCUUUUCAGGGAAAACUACGUUACUGGUGUGAAUCAGCUAUGGGAAGGAUAUCCCCAUACACAACUUCCUUUUAUUGUGAAGUUCUUUUUCAUCAUACAACUGGCCUACUGGGUGCAUAACUAUCCUGAACUGUAUUUUCAAAAAAUCAGAAAGGAAGAAAUGCCAGGAAGACUGCAGUAUACUAGCAUCUAUCUUGUUUUCAUUGGUGCUGCAUACUUUCUAAAUUUCAAUCGUGUUGCUCUGUGUGCACUUGUUCUGCAUUAUGCUGUAGAAUCUCUUUAUCAUAUGGCCUUGCUGUGUCAUUUUUCUGAGAAAGUAGAUUUUGCCAAAAAGAUCUUCGUGGUUUUUGAUGUGCUGUUCGUUUUGGUUCGUCUAGGCACCAUUACCCUUGCUGUUCUUACUUUUUGGUAUGGCCUUGCACAGUCCAACAACCCAAGUAUUGAUAUUCUGACUGGAAAUUACAACACUUACCUUGUCAGGAUCAACUGUUUAGCUGCCAUUGGUUUAAGUCAAGCUGGGCUUAUGUGGAAUUUCAUAACUUUCCAUCUGCGUAAAUUACGUGAAAAAUCUCCUGCUAGCAAGAAACUCCGAUCCCCAAGCAAAAAGAAACCUGCUUCUAAGCCUCUGCCAACUGAAGACCUAGAUUCCCUUCCUGAAGUUGACCAAAAUUCUGCUACUGAAAAUGGUAAUGUUAGAGCAAGAAAAGUAAAGAAAUAAAUUGAAGGCUGCAUUUUCAUAGCCAUGUUUAGUUUUGAUUGAAAUAAGUUUUAGGGUAUUUUAAAAUAGAUUUUUAGGCAUGCAAGUGGUUAUAAACAACUGAUAAGAUUUAUUAUGUAGGUUAUUUUUGUUCACUUGUGUGAUUUAAAAGGUUAUUUUAAAAUUAUAUUUAGUUUUCAAUUAUAAAAAGCUUUUUUAAAAAAAAAUUAUGUAUGUAAAGAUAACUAAAAAGAGUUAAGAAAUUUAUUUAAAAAAUUGCUAUUUUAACUAGCAGUCACGGUGCUCAAAAUUUUUUCUAAGGUCUAAUGAAAUAAGUGUAAAUUGUUUGUGAUUGUUUAAAAACUCUUGACCAAAUAUACUGAUUUCAUUUUAAUGAACUGAAUCCUUCUAUACCAUGUUUUGCAUGAGGAUCAUAUAAAGAAAAUCUUCACAACUUACAUUACUCAUUGGUUAGUUAAUGGAAUUUAUUUAAGUUUGUCAAUGACAGAUAUUUUAACCCUUUGUAGUUCAAGCUUUUUUUUUUUGUAAAAUGAUUGCUAUUGAGUUAGAAUGAAAAAGGUUAAAAUUAGUCUUAGUUUUAAUUUUUUUCAUUUUAGGCCUCUGUCUGUUAAUGUUUAAUCUGUUGAUAUACUAAAUACAUUUUUUACCUUGACAUUUCUGCAUUUUUAUGUUUUAAUAAUCAAAACACGAUUAAUUCAUUAUUUGGUAUUAAAAAAGUCUUAAAAAGCACAAGUUGUCAAUGUAAUAAUAUGUAAAAAAAAAAGACUUUUUCCCUAUUCAUAUUAAAUACAAUUUAAAUUACCUGUUUAAAAGUAAAUUUUUUCCUAAUAUUUUUGUGGUAAAAAUGUUAUUAAAAAAAAAAGUAAGGAUUCUUUCGCUGUGAGCUGAGAAAGUAAAAUUUGUAUGGCUGGGUUAGCCAUAGUUACUAAGAACUAAGAGGCUGUGAGUUUAAAAAACACAAGAAACCCUGCAAAUGUUCCAUGCAAGCUCAAUAGUUAAAGUUGAAUUAUUGUAGUUCUUGAUAUUAUUAUGACUGUUUUAACUUUUCUGAAAGAAGUUUAGUUUUUUUUGUUGUUGAAAAUGGUUAUUACAAGUAAGUUAACCCACCUUCAACAUUAUUUUACACAUUUCCUGAUGUAACUGCUUGUUUGAGGACUCUCUCAGUGCUGUUGAUUAGUGUCAGUGUGCAUGAGCCUGUUCACUACUGCUGUGAUUGAUAGUUAUUACAACUUUUUUGUUGUUCCAAAGCAUUAAUAUUAAGAAAUUACAGACGUUUUGUUUUAAGACCAUUUUUAAAAAAAAUUGUUAGUUAAGAAAUUGUAGAGGUUUAUAAUUAAAUAUUUUUGGCUUGGUUGCUCAAAGGAUAGGUGAACUUAAAAAUUUAAAACAUGUUAAUGAACCUGCUAUGGUUGUUUUGGUUUGUACUGCUGUUGUAGCUAAGUUCACGGCUGUACAAAUGUCAUACUGCUGUUUAUGGCUGCGUUUUGGAUUGUUCUUUUGUUGAUGUGAGCUAUGUAAAAUUCUGGAAGCUUGUUGGUACAGCUGUUUGUUGGCUAUGGCUGAUGUUACAUACACAUAUAUCUGGUGAUGGAUGCUGUUGAGGGGUGAUGGUUCUAACUAUGACAAUAUCAAUUUGUGUUGUGGUGUCAUUGCUGUAGUCUCGUCUCUUGUGUCUAGCUAGAUUGUUAAUACAGUCCUGAUUUAGAUAGUAUAUAAAUAUAUCAAGUUUAUUCCAUAACAGAGGUUGCUUGCCAAUAUGUUUUCCUUUAUACUGUACUGCUGUUUCAAGUAUGUUAGAUUUAUGAGGUCAAAUGGUCUCUAAGAAAAAAAAAGGAUGAUAGGGUAAUACAGUCUUGAAUCAAACCUUUUUUUCUGGUAGUUUUGUUAGGGUUAAAGUCAAAUUAGGCAUUUGGCCGAGGUUAUGGUAUAGUUAGAAUAGAACCAUAAACAAACUUUGAAAUGUUAGCAUUUGUAAAAGAAUCUAAAAUUAUACCUUGGGGGUACAGAAGAUGAAUUAAUGAAACUACUAUGUCAAUGACUUCAUUUACUUUCCUUAUUAAAUUUCUUCUGUAACUAUCUUUAUUUAUAUUCAAUGUGUUGAACGUUGCUCCAUAUCUACUAUGUUCUUGUUCUAAUUUAACUUGGCAUAGAUUUGUUUCUCUUUCAUUAUUACAUGGAUAUGUUUCUUGAAAGUUAAAAUUACUGUUGAAAAGGUACUAGAUUAUUUCUAUUUAUACAGUUUUAGGCAGUUAAACUGAGAGCAUUACAUGAAAGAAGUUUACCAAAGUUUAAAAAAAAUAUAAGGUUACUAUUGUUUUGUUUUUAAUAAAUGAAAAAUAAAAAUAAUUCUCAAAUUUGUGUAAAUCCCUAGUCCAAAUUAGAACAUGUUAUUGCUUCAGCAGCGUUUUUAUAAGUAUGUUAUGAUACUGCAUUUUAUCUAUUUAAAAAAACAAACACACUUCAUCAUCGCAUUUCAAAAGUGGACUAAAAAAGAAAAUUGUUACAAUUUUAAGUUAUGACAAGAGUUGUAAAUAAUGUUUAUAAAACACACUGCCCUUUUGUGCAUGCUUAUAUUUUCUCUUUAGAGAACGGGCUUACAAUGUUUAAAAAUUGUCAAGAAAAUAGUUAUCUCCCAUAGAAAUGCUUUCAGUAUAUUUCCCAUGGACACUUGAACCUGUGGUUCAGGUAUCAGUGCUGCAAAACAGUUUUGAAGAAAAUUAGCCGCAUGGUUUUAAAAAAAUUUCUUUUAUUAAACAAUCUAAUUAUUUAUUUUUAAUUUAAAAUUAAUUAAAUAACAUUAUACAAACUCUAAAAAAUAAAGAUUUAAACAAGGUGUACCUGAACUGUUAGGGCUAUAAAAAAAUUCUACCAUCUUCACCAGUGUAGCUAAGUGACCAGCUUUUCAGUUGUUAAAUUUUGAAUUGAAAUGAUGUAUAGCAACAUUUAACAUCUUUCAGAUGCUAGUAAGAUAUUUACAUCCAGUUCUAAGUAAAAUAAAAAUUAUAUUUAUCAAUUAUUUCUUUAUUAAAUUACUAGUCAUCUAUAUUUAGUGUUUUGGCGAUGUUAACUUCAUGUUUGAAAUUGAUUUUUCAAAUUCAUGACACCUUUCUCAUGCAUUAAAAUGUGAAACUUCGUUUGAAAUCAAUAAAGAACUCUCCUAUCACUA